CAUGGUGCAAGUUGUAAGGAUGUUGUCGGGACUCAACUUCUAAAAGAACGGUUAGACGUCGACACGUUGGAAUCUCUGAAACUUGUCUCGAGCACAAAGCUCUUUCAGCAAAAAUAUAUAAAGACAAAGACAAGGCUUUUUUACAAGCAGCAGAAAUUCAAUCUACUUCGUGAAGAGAUGGAAGGAUACUCGAAACUGGCAACAGAGCUUGCUCAACUGCAGAACAAGGAUGAGGGGGCCGUGUACUUGCUGGAAAAUAUCAAGUCGCUGAUAGGUUGCUUCAACAUUGACCCAAAUCGAGUCUUGGAUCUCAUCCUCGAAUCGUUUGAGUGUCAUCCUAAAUCGCGAGUAUUCGUUCCAUUACUUGAGAACUAUCUCGUGCUCUGUGAGAAGUCAACGCUAUGUCAGAUGCUGGGAUUCAAGUUUGCUCAUUAUCAGGUGAUUGGAAUGAAGACUCCUGAGUCCUUGUACAUUGUUUCAGCCUUGUUAAUGCAGAAAGGUUUAGUUGAUCUCGACGAUCUACUGGUUCAUCUUGUCCCAGAGGACGAUGUUUUGACAUCAGAGUGGUCGAAAAUUGUUGAAGCAGCGAAAGAAAAAGUUCGGAAAAUGAAUAUUGUGAAUCUUUCUGGGGCUGAGAAGGAGGAAAAAGAGGAAAAACCGGAACCCCCUAAACUUGAAAAUCAGAAGUUCGGAUUAUGUGAAGGAUUAUUGAGAGUUGGAGAUUGGGACAAUGCGAAAGAGUUAAUGGACCGGUAUGAAACCAACUAUGCAAUGGCAGAAGACUCUUUCGUUCAUGCGUUAAGUCAGCUGAUUUCCGCAACCAUUGAUCCGUUCUAUAGAAGAGUUGCUUCCGUGAAAGGGUCCCAAGCCUUACCCCCCGCAAAGUUGAAGCAUGGAGACAUAGUGACACCCAGUGUCAAAGAAUAUGGUGAUCUAACGGAAAACGUCUUCGAUAUGCUGAACAGACUCGGGCCAAGGUUGGCCUGUGAUCCAUUGCUGAUGGCAAAAAUCAUUCGUAUCGGAAGGAUGUUCUUUCAUGAAUAUCACGAAGCGAACGAGGAACAACAGAAACAAUGGCAUGCCGUAUACGGUGGAUUCCUUGGGGCAACUUCAAAUGUAUUUCUUCCUGCUCUUUCACUGCUUGAAUGCAACGCCAACAUGUCUGAGGAAGUCUGGGUGAUGCUGAGAAUGCUGCCGUACCAGAAAAGGUACCGACUGUACGGCGAGUGGAAAAACGACGUUUACGAACGACAUCCAGAUACAAUGCUGAUGCAAGCGAAGACUGUGGAUAGGACGAAAUAUAUUAUGAGGCGUUUGACAAAGGAGAAUGUGAAACAAUCAGGGAGGCAGAUGGGAAAGCUGAGCCAUGGAAACCCAGUGGUAUUAUUUGAUUGUAUUCUGAACCAAAUUCAGCGAUACGACAACAUGAUAAAUCCAGUAGUGGACGCCUUCAAAUACUUGACGAAUCUUUCUUACGAUGCAUUGGCCUUUUGUAUCAUUGAAGCUUUGGCAAACCCUCUCAAGGAGAGAAUGAAGUACGAUGAUACAAAUAUCUCAGAUUGGCUACAGAGCCUUGCAUCCUUCAGUGGAGCCGUGUUCAAGAAAUAUACAAUCGAGUUGUCUGGCCUCUUACAGUAUGUUGCGAAUCAGCUGAAAGCUGGAAAAAGUCUUGAUCUUUUGAUCUUGAAGGAGGUCGUUCAGAAAAUGUCAGGAAUUGAGAUUUCAGAAGAAGUAACGAGAGACCAACUGGAAGCCUUGGGAGGUGGAGAGCUGCUGAAAGCUGAGGGAGGAUACUUCGGACAAAUUCGCAACACGAAAAAGUCAUCGAAUAGACUCAAAGAAGCCUUGUUACUCCAAAAACUAGAAUUACCGAUGUGCGUUCUAAUAUCUCAACAUAGGCAUGCGAUUGUCUUCGAGGAGGGAGAAGAAAAACAUUUGAAAUUGGUUGGGAAACUCACAGACCAGUGCCACGAUACUCUAGUCCAGUUUGGCAACUUUCUUUCAAUCCAACUAAGCAUGGAUGAAUAUGUGAAGCGUUUCCCACCUAUUGAUGUUCUGGCGAGAGAUUAUCACACUCCCGUGGACGUUGCGUACUUUCUAUCAAGACCGAUGUACGCUAAUCAGAUAAGUUCGAAAUACGAUGAGAUUCGACGUUCAGAAAAGUCGAAACAAAAGUCUUCCUCGCUAGAAAAGAAUCAGCGAUACAUCACAGCAUGUCAGAGUGUGAUGAACCCUGUCUAUGAGAUGAUUAAAGGCACACAACCAGAUAAGGUUUGGAACGACAUCUCUCCUCAGUUCUACACAACAUUCUGGUCUUUGAGUUUGUACGACGUUCAGGUCCCAACAGAAGCUUACGACAGAGAAAUUAGCAAACUGAGGCAACAGGUUGACGGAAUGCUAAUGGAAGGGUCUCAUGAUACACGGAAACGUCGUGAACGUGAACGCUGUGAAUCUCUUGCUUCAAAAUUAAAAGAAGAACAAAGAAAACAGGAGGAUCACAAAGCAAGAGUUCGGGCUAGAUUGAAAAGUGAGAGAGAAGGAUGGUUCCUUGCAAGAACUUCAAAGAAUGACGCCAUUACGAAGUUUCUACAGCUAUGUGUGUUCCCAAGAUGUGUUUUCUCACCACUAGACGCCAUCUAUUGCGCCAAGUUUAUUCAGAUCAUGCAUUUACUAAGGACACCAAAUUUCUCUACAUUGCUGUGUUUUGAUCGGGUUUUCUCUGAUAUCUCCUACACAGUCGUAUGUUUCAGUGAAAAUGAAGCUUCAAGGUAUGGAAGAUUUCUGGCAUCUAUGCUCGAGAUUGUAAUGAGAUGGCACAAGGAGAAAGAAGUCUAUGAAAAGGAAUGCAAGAACUACCCUGGUUUUGUGACGGUUCUUCGGACCAACGCUACGGAUGGUGCAAGCAAAGCAAAUCAUUUGGAUUACGAAAACUUCCGUCAUGUUUGCCACAAAUGGCAGUUCAAAUUGACAAAAGCUUCAGUGGUUUGCCUCGAUUCUAAGGAUUACUGCUCCAUUAGGAAUGCUCUCAUCAUCUUGACAAAGAUCCUCCCUUUCUUUCCCAUGGUAACGUCACUUGGAAAUGCUCUCGAGAAACGAGUCGAAAAAAUCAAAGAAGAGAAAGAGAAAAGGCCGGAUUUAUAUGCGUUAGCAAUGGGCUACUCAGGACAACUCAGAGCACGUCGUUCAACCAUGGUUCCAGAACAUGAAUUUCAUUUCAAGGACCAGACUAAACCAGCUAACUCUAAAGCUAGUGGAGAAAAAGCAGCCAAAGCUUCCAAAUCAAGCAGUGAGAAAGUGAAGACUGAUUCAGAUGCGAGUCGUCGUUCAAAAUCUCUUGGGAAGGAAAAGAAGGAAUCAACUGAAAAGUCAAAGGAUAGAGGAAGAAGUAAAGACAAGAUGGCGUCAGGUGAUGCAAGUAAUCAUCGUUCCAGCAGCAUCGGGUUCGAAUCCAAGGAAUCUUCUCGUAGUCGUUCGAUCGGAAAAUCAGGAAUGAAAUCACCGCAGAAACAGAGAUCAGGAAGCAGUUCUCGAACUUUGGAUAACGAAGAGAGAGAACGUAAACGCCGCAAGAUUGAUGCUUCUGAUAUAAAGGCAGAGAAAUUGGAGAAGAGAGAAAAAUCAGAAAAGAGAUCAAAAAGUUCAUCGCGAGACAUUCUGGACGAAGAAAGAAAAUCAUCAAAGUCAAAAAGGGAAUCGAUCGGAAAGGAGUCGAAGAGAAUAAAGACAGAGAAUGGAUCAGAUGAAAUCAGAGUAAAAGAAAAGCACAGGAAAUCCGAUGGUGGGGAGAAAGCUAAGAAGAGUUCUGAGAGAGAAUCUCGCAAAGCAAGUAGAGAAAGGAGUCGCCAUGCCCGUUGAAAUCACUGGAGCAUGGAAUGGAUACAGAGCUUGAAAUGAAACUAUUUUGUAUUAUUGUAAUAUACUGUUUUGGCAGAAUUAUCAAAUGAAAGAAUGGCUUAUCUAUUGCCGCAAUAAGAUUUACAAAGAUAGCACACCCUUUCUAAAGAUUUAAAUACAAAACAGUGCUCAAAAUAUGGAAAUGAAGUCCUAAUGUUGAAUAUAAAAAUUCUCAUAGACAUUUGUUAUAUAAAAGUAUAUCUAUGAAUUAAAAUAAAAAGGGCAAAAUUUUGUUAGAAAUAUCAUGACUAUAAGGUAAUUUAAAAAAAAGUUUCAAGUACUAGCCUUCUAGUCGUUUUGUCUGUCAAGUAACGAGAAUUUGACUGGCCCAUUAUUUGCGGAAAUUUUUUGCAAACAAAUAACAUAGACAUGUGUUAUAUAGAAGUAUAUCAAUGAAUUAAAAUAAAACGUCAAAAUUUUGUUAGAAAUAUCAGGACUAUAGGGAAAUUGAAAAAAAAAGUUUUGUCAGUCAAGUAACAAGAAUUUAACUGGCCCAUAAUUUGCGAAGAUUUUUUGCAAACAAAUAUUGAGCAAAAUGCAUCAUAUGUACACUUUGUGUCCAGUAAAAAUCGUUAAAAAAGCAUAUCGAGUCUUGAUCUAAUUGUUGAGUUAACCCAGAAAAGACUGAAAAAUAAAUCCUGUGCUAAUUUUGGAUUAAUAAUUAUCAUAUUGUAUAGAUCGAUGCCUUAUGAACCCCCCCUACAAUAAAAUUUUGGGUGCUCCAGAAGUGUACCAAUAUGGAGGUAACGAAUUUUGUUCGUCUACUUUACAUCAAGUUGUGUAAAGGAACUGAAACCUAUGGGCAGGGGUAUAUUCACUUGGCUAACACUGACAGUCCCUAAAAUUGUAUUAAACCUAAAAUAAGGAAAAUCUGAAUAACAUUAUAAUCUAACUUGGUACACACACUACGGGUGUACCGAAAUUUGUGGAAAUCUCCAAUGCACUGAAUUUGUGAAUGUAUCUCACUUUAAUUAGUGGUUGUUAGUUCGCCUGUUUCUGGAUAGCUAUUUCAGUGUGUGACAAGCUGUUACCAUAUAAAACCAAGAAGCUGUGAGCCAUCUUAUCACUUUCCUUUCUACCGCGUUAAAUAUCAAAUUGAUCCCAUAUAUACUGGUACUAGAAGCGGACCUCCUGAAGUAUGCGCAUCAAGAUGGCGCACAACCUGAACACAGGUUGUGCACCCGGUUAGUGUUCAGGUUGUGCGACAUCUUGUUGCGCACACUUCAGGAGUAUCCUAGAAGCUUUGGGCCACAGCCCAGGCAGUCUUUUCCAUUUUUCUCCAACUGAAAGUCUUCUACUUCUCCUAUUACCAGGAAUUGAAGGCGUCAACAUAGUAAUUAAAUUUUGUCUCAACUCAAAAACUACAUCUGUCUCUUCAUAU